UGUCUGUAUGAGACUUUGAGUAGCAGGUUAAUACGGAAAUUUAACGUUAUCGGGCAGAUAACAAAUUUUAAAAAUGAUCAGACGAUUGAAACAAAGCCCAAUUGAAAAUCUAUAGUCAAGGGGUGUCUCUGAAACUGGGCUGAACAUCGUACAAGGCAAAUUACAGCUCUAUUUGCCUUUAUAAUUAUUUUCGUCAAACGUUUUGCCUCCUAUAAAGUAAACCUGCAAAAAUUUCCCAUUAUGGGGGGAAAGGGGAGUAAACCAAACCGAGCGCCUUUGUCCCUGAAUACCGGCGCUGGAGCUGGCGCCCUUCACGUGGCGGUGGUCCAGGGCAACGCUGCAACCGUUCGCCGUUUGUGCGCCAGUAGCAGCACCGAUGUUAACCGGGAAGCGGAUGGGCUAACACCGUUAAUGAUCGCUAUUGCGGAUCAGAUUGGCAUUGAUGUCUUCCGCGAGCUCCUACAAUGCCCGCGUCUGGACAUCAACCGAGCGACACAGGAUGACAAACUGACCCCGCUGAUGAUUGCUGUUGUAUUCGCCGCGCAGCCCAAUUCCAAGACGAUCAUCUUGCGCAAAAUAGAGAUGCUAGCCGCCCAUCCACAGUGUCAGCUUGGGCUGCGCAAUUCCGAUGAUAUGACGGCGCUGGAGCUGGCCGUUGGUACGGGCAAUGCCGCCAUUAUUGGCUAUCUUACGCGAGGCGACCGUAUCAAGCAGUACGCACAAGGGGAUGUGCUGAAUGCCUGUAUUCUGGCUUUUCGCAAUGGGAAUAACGAAUUGAUUAGAGCCGUUCUAGAAAACGUACCCGAAGCAAUCCAGAGGUUAUUGCUUGAAGCCAUUAAAGAAGCCGCAGAAGGAAAGAAAGAGUCUGAAUCCACCGAUGACAAUCAUUUAAAGGAUACCCUGAACAAUCUGGCGCCGUUGCAUCUGGCAGUAUUACGGGAAAGUGUCACCGAUGUCAAGCAGAUCCUCCGCCAAUCAUCAACCGAUGUUAACGCCAAAGUAGCCGGCUUGACUCCGCUGAUGCUGGCAGCGUGCGGUCGUAAUCCCGUUGUAAUGCAGUUAUUGCUGGAAUCGCCGCGUAUCGAUGUGAAUUCGGUGGCCGCUGGUUUUAAGAACAUGACCGCUCUGAUGAUGUCGGUGUUCGCUUGUGGCGGUAUUAGUGAGCCGCCACGAAUAUCCAUCGUGAAUUUAAUUUUAGCCCAUCCGAAAUGCGAUUUCACCUACAAAAACGACGAAGGUCUAAGUGCUUUGUCCAUGGCUUCCAUAUUUGGCAAUACAGCAGCAGCGGACUGUUUGACAAGAGAACACCGAGCCGACAAGUAUGCGGUAGAAGAUUUCAGUCGCAGUGUUUUUCUUGCCAUAGUCACGGAUAACAAGGAUCUGGGCAUUUACAUGUGCUCCAAACUCAGUGAACUGAAACAAGGGGAACUGUUAAAAAAACUGCAAAACUUCGAUAAGGAGGCUACAGCAAAAGCGACAAUGGCGAAGGUAAUCAGUGGACACGCAGAGACUGCCAAGCGUCUUAGUUUCACCGUCAAGUUUCUUCGUCUGGGCAAAAUGGCCGCGGGCAAAUUCGUGGAGAUCAGUGACAAUGAGUCACUAGUUCGAAAGAAACAAGCAGAGCAUAAUUUACGCUAUCUGCCCAACAUGUGUAGCAGUCACGGUGUGGUCGAAAAGGUGCUGCCCAAUGGUGAUGUGGAGAUCAACCCGUUUUCUUUACCCGGAACUCUAAUAUGCCACGCUGACAUAAUUACCAUUGAUUCUCGAGAAGAUUACGAAGCCAUCGAUGGAAGCGGAGAAACAAUCAAGCGAGAGGAUGUGGUCAAAGUGAUGCCCGAUUAUGACACAGUAGCAGAAUUACAGAAAGGUCACGGAGGAAUGGGUGAUCGUAUGCGCGUGGCAUUAGGGAAAACCGUGCGCAUCCUAUUUUUUGACGUUGAUGGAGACGCUCGCAUCAUUCUGGGCAAAGGGAUUCUGUGCCUGAACCCAAGAGCUCUAUGCAAAGUUACCACGGCGAUAUGUGGCGAUGGAUCCAGUGUGAAGAUUGGGGAUAAAGUACGCGUGAUGCACACCGCUUCCAUUCUCAAAGGGCUGCAGACGGAGGAGUUUGGAGGCUGGUCCGACUCCAUGUCGGAACUUAUCGGGCGCACGCUAACCAUAGUGAAAUUUGCGUGUUCCACACAGAGUGAGGAUGCCAAAUGUAUUUUAAAAGUGGAGGGCGGAUCGCGCACCUAUCAUAUUAAUCCGAAAGCCGUCGGUCUGACGGAUUUAGCAACGGAGGCAUAUUCUGAUACUCCUACAAUCCGGCCAAGGUUAUCCAGCGAAGAAGGACGUAGUGCAAACCCGCCUUCUCAAUCACCUUCCGCAGGUGCAGAUUUACAAAUAAUUCAGAAAAAGGAACUCAAGCUGGAGAAGAAGCUUGGCAGUGGAGGAUUUGGCACCGUAUUUUUAGCGAAAUGGAGCGCCACGCAGUGCGCGGUAAAGAAAAUAGCUGUGCCGGAUCUCAUCGAAGGCGAGGAAAGGAAACGCAUCUUGGAAGAAGCCCGAAUUCACAACCGCCUCAUCCAUCCUCAUGUCGUUCAGUUUUUGGGCAUCGCGCUUGAGGAGGCGGAUGUAUAUUUGGUACUAAAAGUCAUUCACGGCUACAACCUGGAUGAAAUUAUUUUCGAAAACAAGAUGGAGUUAACGGGUCAAGAAAAGCACACAAUCGCCAUGCAGAUUGCUGAUGUCAUGCGAUAUUUCCAUGAUAAUGCAAAGGUCAUACACCAGGACAUGAAGCCAAGCAAUGUUUUGGUUGACAAAGUAUCUAAACAGGCUUACGUUACCGAUUUCGGCAUCAGUCGCAUGAGCGGUCGGUCAACAAACGACAUAAUACAGGAGACGACAAAGCGCUACGCCUCCGAAUUAAGCGGCACUAUCUUCUACAUGGCACCCGAGCUGUUCGUAACAUCCUCCCGUGGUGACGAUAAAUUCCGCAUGCCCAACCGCGAGUCGGAUGUGUAUGCACUGGGCAUGACGCUCGUGGAAUUCCUGGGUGGUGUAAAGUUCUAUGACGCGCCCGACAUUGUGACAUUGAUUAAGCUGAAGACAUCCGCAGAUGUCCCUCCGUCUAUUCGUCGUGUUCCGUCCGCGUACCGUGUUAUUUUAGGCAAGUGUGUCGAUCCCAAUCCGAUACAGCGACCGUCCGCGCAAGCCGUAGCCGAAUACUUUCUCAAAUCAGAAACAUAAAGACCAACAAAGUGCGGUCAUUGCACUGUUUUUAGUGAUUCGUCGAUAUCUGGAAUUCAUGCGAGUGUUCGUGGACAAUUUUAUUAAUUUUUUAUUGGUUUAUUCUUUUUUCGUCUAACAUUAUUGAGCGCACAUACACUAGAGCACAUUCACAGCAGUCUUCUAGUAAUAGACAGCUGCAUGUUUUCAAUUCUCUGGGGAUAAAAAAUAAAAACUUGUUUGCGUA